ACUGCACGCUGACAAGCCAGGACAGGGCGAGGCGGCGGCCCCAGUGUAUGCCCCCAUCUAUCGUCGCUAUGGGAAUUAACACAGCGUCCUCUGUGAAGCAGACCCUCACCUUGCACUAUCUAAAACCGGUUCACCUGAAGACACAGAGUAUAAAACACUGCAGUGGAGACUGUCACUGCUCAGAGCCUGGCUCAGCUUCUCUCCUCCGGUAAACUGAGGAGGACGAUGAUAAUGAUGAUGAGAAACAUCUAGAGAUGAGAAGUCUUUCUCAGGCCGUCACCUUGGACCUCUGCUCGACCUUCAUCUGUAUACUCUAAAUGAGGAUCAUGCCUGCCAUGUGUGUGUCCGCAGUGCUCUUAUGUACAGUUGUGGUCGAUAUCUCAGCUCGGGUUUUGACCACAUCCAACACAGAUGACCCGCCCAUUCUUUCUCAACGGCACUAUCAGCACACCGACCAAGACACGGGCACCCAGCUGGUCUGUGAUAAGUGCCCGGCUGGCACCUAUGUCUCUAUCCACUGCUCUCCAACAUCUGUGAGGGAAUGCAGCCCCUGUCCCAAAGGCACCUUCACACGGGGAGAGAAUGGAGUUCAGCAAUGCCAUCGUUGCAGGAGUCCUUGCCCAGCCGGCUUUAUCGAGAAAACGCCUUGCACAGCCACCCAGGAUCGAAUCUGCACAUGCCCACCCAAUACAUUCUUGUCAGGCAAUAGUGGUGCUGUGUGUAAGCCCCACUCCUUGUGCCCCCCAGGCAAGAGGGUGAAAAAGCAGGGCAGUGAGAAAAAGGACGUGGUCUGUAAGCUGUGCUCUGAGGGGACUUUUUCAGAUGUGGAAUCAAGUGCAACGCAGUGUAGAAAUCACACAGACUGCCAGGUUCAGGGGCUGGUGCUGGUCUUAGCGGGGACUAGAGAGAAAGAUAAUAUCUGUGGACCUCUUUCUACAGCUCCGUCCUCUGCCUCCACCACUGCUUCAGGUGGCUCAGGACAGGCUGUGCUUGUACAGGAACCCAUUAUUUCUUCAAUCUUUCCAGCACCCCUGGCUGGACCUGCACAUAAAGGUACCCACAGCCAGUCAGCAGCCAUUCAGCUGAAGGAACCCCAGGGUGGAAAAAGCCAGCGAGCAGAAGAGCACCUCCUAAGCCAUCCUGGCACUCUCACCCCACCAAAUUGGACUCCAGUUCUCGCAGUUCAUGAGGAACCAAUGGACCAUGAGUUGCAGAGGGGGCAACUGAAUUCUGAACCAAACCCAGGGCCUAACAAGAGGGCAAUGGAAGGUCUGGGGACUGAAGAAAUAGUCAAGGUUGAAACAAGCAUAAGCAAGAUUAAUGGACAAGGUAGCGGAGGUGGGGCCUCCAGCUACUACAGGCCAACUCGCAGGGGAUUCCCAAGGCCAAGCACCCAUAAUCACUUUGACAUAAAUGAACACUUGCCCUGGAUGAUUGUACUGCUGCUGUUGCUGGUGCUGGUGGUGAUCGUAGUGUGUAGCGUGAAGCAGAGCUCUCAGGUGUUGAAGAAGGGGCCAAUGCAGGACCCAAGCAGCAUCAUGGAGAAGGCAAUUCAAAAGAAACCACCUGCACCACUAACUCAAGCCCGAGAGAAGUGGAUCUACUAUUCCAAUGGACAAGGAGUGGAUAUCCUCAAGCUCGUGGCAGCCCAGGUGGGCGCACAGUGGAUCGACAUAUAUCAGUCGCUGGCUAAUGUCACCGAGCGUGAGGUGGCUGCCUUCUCCAACGGCUACUCUUCUGAUCAUGAGAGGGCGUACGCUGCGCUGCAGCACUGGACGAUCCGGGACAGCGAUGCCAACUUGGCCAAGCUGAUCAACGCCCUGCACCGGCAGCGCCGCAUCGAUGUGGUGGAGAAGAUCCGCUGUGUAAUGGAGGACAACCCACAGUUUGACGUCAACCAGCUGAUGACCUCAGUGAAUGUAAGCAAUAGUCACAGUCCUAUCCAGAAGCCCACGGAGUCUCCUAUUAGCAUUGCCAGCAACAGUAGCAUAGGCCGGGUCAGUGGCAUGGGUGUGGAGCACUCACCAGUGGAGCGGACCAAAGGCUUCUUCCCUGAUGAAUCAGAGCCCCUGCUUCGCUGCGACUCCACCUCCAGCAAAGACUCCGCCCUGAGUCGGAAUGGCUCCUUCAUUACCAAAGAGAAGAAAGACACGGUGCUCCGGCAGGUGCGUCUGGACCCAUGUGACCUGCAGCCCAUCUUUGAUGACAUGUUGCACAUCCUGAACCCAGAGGAGUUGCAUAUCAUCGAACAGAUCCCAGCCGCUGAGGACAAAUUGGACAGACUCUUUGAGAUUGCGGGAGUGAAGAGUCAGGAGGCCAGCCAGAAGCUGCUGGACUCUGUGUACAGCCAUCUCCCUGACCUCUUGUAGCGGAGGAAAGAGCAGGAAACAGCACAGACUGGAGUUGGCACAAGAAUAAAAAGAAGUACGAGGGAUGAAUACAAUGUGGUGUUCCAGUUAAGUCUGGGGUGGCAUUUCAUCUAAAAAGCUGUCCUCAUGCCACUUCAUUUGAGCAUGGUCUGUGUCUGCUCCCUCCAGUGACUCUUUCAAAUGUUUACUUUAUUCCUUUUCUUGUCCUUCUCUUGAACACAAGUAGUCCUUUAAAACAACCCAGCCUAUACCACGAUGAACUCAAUGUAACAGAGAGAAAGGCUCAACAGCCUGCUGGGUUGAAAAGUAGCGAGACGUAAAUGGACUCCAUAGAAAAUCACACGUAGCACUUUCUUUAUCUGAAAUGGUCUUCAUGCCUUCACGUCUAAAGAAUAAAACUGGUGGGUUUUUUUUGUAGUUUGUGCCUGUCGUUCAGGCUUCUCAUGCCUUUAAUAUGGAUCAAGUGUAACAAGCUACAUUUAACAAUGAACAUGGUAAAGGUAAAUAAGCUAUAACUUCAAACAAUGCUGGUAUUAUUCUUAAGUUUUAGGGUUCUUGUAAAGAAUAUUUUUGCCCAUGUGUAGGUUUAACUGUAAGUCAUGUGCCUGAACCUUCCAAAGCUUUGUUCCUCCCUCCCUCUUACCGUAACCACCAGCAGGGAGCAGCAUUACUUAGAUGGUUGUCCUGCUUUUCUGCAUCCAAAACCAUAGUUCAAAAAUAUUGGACUAAAUGACUUUCUAAACUUUGUCUAAUGUUCUGAUAUAUGGUUCUGCAAAAGAACUCUUUAAAAAAAAAAAAAAAAAAAAAAAAAAAGCUGAACUAAACGGUUUUCAAUCAGACGUGGUUGCCUGAGUGUUUCAGUGCUAGAGUAAAAAUGAUAAAAUACAAGAGUGUUUUUCUUUUACAUGCAGUAGUAUUUUGCUACCUGUACUAUGUAGUUGAUGAGAAAAUGUCAUAAUGAUGCACUAUUUUCCAUUGGAGAUACAGAUGUUGUACUUUCUUUGUCUUUAAUGUUUUAUAACUAACAUUUGAUUUUAUUGGUUUUUAUUGGUUAUUCAGUGUGUGAAUGUGCGUGUGAAUGGGUGAAUGACUGGAUAUGUAAAGCGCUUUGGGGUCCUUAGGGACUAGAAAAGCGCUAUAUAAAUACAGGCCAUUUUACCAUUUAUUAUACUUCUGUCACAAUGUUUCCAUUUUUCUUUCACCAGCAUUCAGACAUAUGUGCUCCCACUUGGUGGUACGAGACCACCUCGCCAGGAUGUAACGUAUACAUACUCCAUACUCUACUUUAAGUUUGUCUAGUUGGUUCUUUUACAUGAUGUAACAGAAAAAAAAAAAUGCAAUUUCCGUUCCCUCAAUGUUCCCCUCAACAAAAAACAAAACAUCAACAUUUGGUACACGUCUGAUCUCUCACUGGCUGGCCUUACAAGGGCAGAGAUAUGCGAAUCCAGGGUAAAGAAGAAAAAUACUGACUGAAUGAAAAAGAGUUGUGGUUGUGUUGCAGGACUGUGAGCUUUCUCAACAUCUGAACAUCCACCAGAUCACUGGUGAUGCAAAGCUAGGGCUUGGUUUCAUUUUAUUCACAAGCUAAAUUGACACAUUUGUAGAAACUACAGGAUGUUAUUUUAUAAAUUGGAAUACAUUUUUAAAAGCUUUGCCAUACAUGUGCUGCAAACAGGUACUGUAAAACAUUGUAAGUGGUGCAUGUUAAUCAAACUCAAACCCUAGCCGUGCCCACUGCCCUUACCCUAGAUUGGUGGUAGAAAUUAACUGUUGGAUGUGAGCGUUUUAUUUUCUGAUGCACAUGGGGAUUGAGUGGUUGAUCAUCAAAUUUCACACAUGUAACCAGUAAGUUUAUUACUAUGUAACCUCUUAAAAUCCACAAAUUAAAGCUAAAAUAUUUGUCAUAAA